AUGCAAUCAAAAGCAAGAACAGUGAUUCGUAGAAUGGCGAGAUUGAAUUGGACGAUGUUGCUGGUGCUGCUGGUGCAGUUCGCUUUCGCUACGGUUCGGUGCGAGUUCCAGUUUACCGUGACGCCCCAGAACCGGCAGGUGUUUGAAGGUGAACCGGUCACAUUCGAGUGUCGUGCACUGUUUGACGAUGAGAUCGAUUUUUCGUGGACGAGAAACGGUGUCCCUGUUCCGGUACACGAGCGUCUAAAUUUCGGUACACCGCAGCGCAUUUACCAGAGCGGUUCCAAUCUCCAUAUCCGGACGGUCAACGGCACGCUGGAUCAGGGCGACUACGUGUGUUUGGCGACGGCACGAGCCUCCGGAGCCCGUGUCGCAUCACCCGCUGCUACCUUGAACGUUAUUGGAAUUUCAGCACCGGUCGUUCAGCUGCUCAAGCACGAUCCGGAUCGUGGAAGCAUUUCGCUCAAAUGUCACUCAAGCCAGGAAGCCAUCACCGAAGUCACCGGCAGCGAUGGCAAACCGUCUGAAGAGACCCACGUCGAAUGGUACAGGAAUGAGAUAAAGCUUACGAAAUCAUCCCACAUCGAGCUGCAGCGCCGGAAGCUGCACAUAAAAAACGCAUCAGCGAAGGAUAAUGGCGUGUACAGCUGUUUGCUGGUGGUGGUGUCCCGCACCGAUGGUAGCCGACGGAUUGCGCUACGUAGUACGAAGAACUAUCGGCUCAAGCUGAAACCAGGAACCAAUUAUGGCGAGGGUAAAAUCGAUUGUACCAAGAACCACAACUUGCUGCUGUGCCGUGGUAAGCGGGGCGACCGUCAGCUGGGUUCGCUGGCCGACAGUACCACGGACCGUCCACUAUUACCGAUGAGCGAUGAAGCGAUGGUUCCGGCCCAGCUACAACUAGCUACCGAACGGCAAUCGCUUACUGCUGGCCCUGCCCCGGUUCGUAUCGUGCUGCAUCCGGUCACGACGGUUGCUAAUGAGAGCCAGCCGGUAGUGUUUAACUGUGGCUUCCGGGUAACAACGGGCAACGACAGCAGUGGCGGAGGGUUCGUGCUGCGCUGGCGGAAAGAUGGCAAAGUGAUCCGCCGUUGGGACAAUAUGGCGGAGACUACCACGGUGACGAUGGACGAUAUGGGCUCCACGUCCGGAGCAACGGAGAGCAGCUCCAUGUUCCGGGAUGAUGCCCGCAUUCACGUGGACCGUACGAAUGGGUCGCUUGUGUUUGGAUCGGUUGUGGCCAGCGACGAAGGAACUUACGACUGUCAGAUAACGAACAAUGCCAGCGACUUUCUGGUCAGCUCAACGGCAGCGGAAUUGCAAAUCAUUUCAAACCUGCGCUUCACACCGAAACCACCAACAACGAAAAACAUCGAGCUCGGUUCCGUUGCCAAAAUCCACUGCAAGGCGCAAGGCACGCCGACCCCAACAGUGCACUGGACGGUAGUGGCAGAGGCCGGUCCCUCGGGCUUACCCGACUCGAUUGACGACGUCAACGGUACGCUGGUGUUCCGUAACGUGUCCGCGGAACAUCGGGGAAACUAUGCGUGCGUCGCAUCGAACAGUCAGGGUGAGAUACGGACGAGCGUGUCAGUGAAUGUGGUGAUUGCACCGAAGUUUGAGAUUGCACCCGAAGGUUCGGUACAGGUCGCAGAGCUCGGUACGGUACAGUUCCACUGCGUUGCUACCGGUGACCCAAAGCCAACCAUCCAGUGGGACAAGGAUCUGCAAUAUCUUCAUGGCCGGGUGGGCAAUGCGAACGGGAGCGAGGAGGAACGGUACCGUAUCCUGGAGAAUGGCACACUCGUACUGACGGAGGUACAUCUCGAAGAUGAUGGACGGUAUGGUUGUACCAUCGGCAAUAGUGCUGGUUUGAAACGCGAAGAGGUUCAUUUGAUCGUUAAACCCUCCGAUGGAAUAGCCAUGCCGGAAGAGUCAACGGAAGAUGGAUUCCUUAUAACACGUGCCGUUCUUAUCACUAUGUCAGUUGCUUUUGCGUACAUCAUUCUUGUAGUGGGUCUUAUGAUUUGGUGCCGUCAUCGUCGGGCAGCUCGCAAAGCUCGUCUAAAUUUGGGUUCGUCCAAAGAAAAUGGGGGCGAUGUCGAUCUGAAGAACUGCGAAAUUGAACCGUGUCUCCCGGACAAAACGUCUGCGGCUGGUGCGGAGAAUGGUGGAGUUGGUGCAAACUCCGGUCGUUCGAGAAGCAAGCAGAAGAAUGGAUCCGCCGGUGGAAAGGAUCCGUCGACGAACUGUCCCGACAAUGGACAGGACAAGAGUGAUGAUACGGUUAAUUCGAGCAAGUCGAAGAAAUCGUCCGGCUCGGGAUCGUUGCUGGAACAGCUAGCCGUACCACGGUCGGCGGUCGUCGAACUGUUACAGAUUGGCAAAUGCGAUUUCGGCGACGUGUACAUUGGGAAGAUGCGUGAGAAUGAUUGCCGGUUGCCACCGCCCAAAGAAAGUGCCACACAGGAACCUAUCACGGGAGACGAGGUAGGCCCAUCCAGUACGGAGCUAACAAUGGAGAAUGAGCGCAAAAGUCCUGUGGCGAAACGGCCCUCAAAUGAGGAACUGAACGCAAUUCGGCCCGAGAAUGACUACAAGCCAGUUAUGGUGAAGGCACUGACGAAGGUGAAGGAUGAACACUGUUGCGCUGAGUUCCGCCGUCAGCUCGAACUGUUCCGCACGGUUUCGCAUAGGAAUGUGGUGCAGCUGUUUGGUUUGUGCCGCGAUAAAGAUCCACACUAUCUUCUGCUGGAGUACACCGACUGGGGAGACUUGAAGCAAUUCCUGUUGGCUACGUCGCCGGUUAUGCCACCGAACGGAACCGUCGACAACAAGAAAGAUGCCGCCCCGAAACCACCGCCUCUUAACGUGCCACAGAUUCUGGCCCUAGCGCACCAAAUCGGCCGCGGAAUGGACGCUAUCUACAAGGCUCGCAUUAUACACAAGGAUCUGGCAACCAGAAACUGUAUCAUUAGCAGUGAUUUCUCGGCCAAAAUCUCAAUGCCCGCGUUGGCGCGCGAUAAGUACAGCAAGGAAUACUGCAAACAUCGAAACCAGCUAAUGCCGAUCCGCUGGAUGGCACCGGAAUGUUUCCAGGAGGAUGAUUACUCCAUCAAGAGUGACAUUUAUUCGUUUGCGGUGCUGGUGUGGGAACUGUUCACGAAUGCGAUCGAGAUGCCGUUCAAGGAGCAAACGGACGAACAGAUAAUUACCGCAGCCCAGACGGGCAAGCUGGAGUGGAAGGUGGCAGACAAAACGCCCGAGGCGUUACACAAGGUUUUGACUUCCUGCUGGUCGGCAAACCCGAAAGAACGACCGUCGUUCAGCCAACUCGUCGUAGCCAUCGGGAACUGUCUGCAAAGCGAAUAUCCGAAGGAACCCACGGAAUAA